UUUUAAGUCUCCAUAAAAUAAAAAUGUAGAACUCUUGCCAACUGUUGUUUGUUUGUCUAAUGCUCUUGUCACUCUUUCUUGUUUCAUCGAAUAAGUUUAUAAGAAGGCAAAAGGAAACAUGAGGGAGAUGGAAAUGUAGAUUCUGAAGAGGAGGUUUCAGGGUUUUUGUAUGGACAGGCUUCAGAAGGAAGUAAUUGCUCUAAGGAAGAUUUGUGAGAGUGAAGACGGUAUUAUAAUGCCAAAAAAUGACGAAAGCAACGUAAGCUUCAUCUCUUCAACUAUAAAAAAACCUUACUUAAUAAGUUAAUAUGACUAUGUACACAGAUGUUGUUGAAGAAAGUGGAUAACGAAGGCCAUUAAAGUGAAACAAGAAUGCAAAGAGGGAAGCUGCAGCGAGAGAAAAGGAAAAAACGUGUUGGCAGUGUUGAACAAAGAGUCAAAAACGAUGUAGAAAGGCAAACUUUCCGAGAAGGUUUGGUCAUCGUUUCCUUUAUUGUUUGUCUAUGUCUUUUGAGAAAAAUAAUCAGUCAAACUUGAAGACAAAUCUGCUAUUUAUAUGUCUACUAAUUCUAUGAUGUGCAGCCGCCUACAUAUUCACGUUGAAAAUCCUGUCUAAUAGAGGAAGAAGAAGAAGCUUAUUAGAAUGAAGAUAUUCAAGAACAUUGGUCUUCGUUUAGGUGUACAUAUUGAGUAGGUGGGGGAUUACAAGAACCUCGAACUCAAGAAGACGUCUGCGUGUGUUUAUACCGUCUGGAUUGCAAAAUGUGUUUUAAAUGUUGAAAUAAAACUUGCAUCUCUUAGCCUAUCUUUUAGUUGAGAUACUAGCAAUUAUCAUGAGAAUCUAAAGGUAAGUCAGAAUCUGGUCAACACAAAAAAAAAAAAAACAGGGGAAUACUAAUGUUCUCUGUAGUAAGCAAAAAAGAUAUGAGCAUGAAGUUAACAUUUAAAUACAAAAAGACUAUCUCUCUCUUUCUCUCAGGAAGUGAGAAGGAACCGAACCAUAUAGCAAAAUGAAAGGCAUGGUUGAUCUUCGUAGCAAGAUCAAUUUAAAGAGGGAGGAUCUCCAUGGUGCUCUAUGUAAGAUGAUGUUUCCUGCUGUGUAGACGUGCAAGCGUUGGAGGAGGAAAUGAGUUGAAUACCUCUGUGAAUGUUGGGAGAGCAAUGAUACGUAUACAUACCAAAAGGUAAUAUUAAUUUUGCUAUCUAUCAAUAUUACUUUUCCUGUCAGUUUCAAAAAAAAAAAAAUGUAUUGCUUUUGGUGUAUUCAAAAAAAUAAUAUUAUUUAUAAAUACUUUUAAGGUUUCUCAUAUCAGGAUUUGAUGUCUAAAGAUAGAAGAAUGGAUUUAGAGUUGACAAAAGACAAGAGAGCGCAAAACAUGGCGACCCUCUGGUCCAUUAUUUGGAAGACCAAAGAUCCACAGGAUCAACAUCAAACCCUCUCUAUCUGCUUAAUCACGUAAAACAAGACAAAAACAUAUGGCGAAGAACCGAGCGGAUGCUCCGGUGGAGACUCCUCCUCGGAUGAGUGAGGUGGUGGGAGAGAUUGACACUCGUUCUCCCUUCCAAUCCGUUAGAGACGCCGUUAGUUUAUUCCGUCAAGCUAGCUUCUCUAAGCAACAACAACAACCGCGUCUCUCCUCUCCAUCCUCCUCACAGGACGCAACGGAUGUGUCGGAGAAAGAGACGCAGCUUCUGUUAGCAGAACAAGAAAUGGACAGAGUCCAGCUCUGUCUCGAUACCUCUGUCAAAGCCAAAGCAAGAGCUCUCUCUGAUCUCGACUCUGCUCAGCGAAAGGCCUUUGACUUGAGGGCUAAACUAGAAGCCACCAAACAUUCCAAAAAAUCUGCCAUCCUAACCAAACACACAAUGAACCAACGGUUAGAAAAACUCCAAUCUCGAAGCCAAGAAACAGAGCGCGCAAGAGAGAACUACAUUUUAGCUACCGCGGGGCUACUCAUGGCGAGGCAAAAGCUCGCGGAGAUAAAACAAGAAUUCAGCAUUUCCGUGGAAGAGAGGCUAUCAGAGCUUCAUAGAGCAGAGGAAGCAGAGUGCGCAACAGUGGUUAACUCCCAAAAGAUCAGAGACAUGACACAUGAGAUAUCCGAGAUGCGUGACGCUGCUGAGAGGCUGAAGUCAGGUGCUGAUAGGAUAAAAAAAGAAGAGGAAAAGAUCAACGAGGAGAGAGUGGACAUGGGAGAAACUUACGGGGAUAUGAAACAAGAGGCUGAGCUGAGGCUGGAGGAUCUGAGACGAGGUUGUGACCCUGAGCUGAGGAAAGAUAUAGAUGAGCUGGAGGAGAUAUCUGCAGAGAACGAGCUUUUACAAGAGGAGAUCAAACUUGCUAGGGAGCUCAAAGAGGCCAAGAGCGCGAUGCGUGAGAUUUUUGAUGAAGAAAGAUCAUACAAAAGCUUGGUGGGAUCUCUCACGGUGGAGUUGGACGGUGUGCAGAGAGAGAACAGAGAUCUGAAGGGAAAGGAAAACGAGAGAAAAGCUUUUGAAGAAGUAGAAUGGGUUGAAGUGAGUCGAAAGGUCGAUGAAAUCAUCAGUGAAGCUGAGAGGACAAGACAAGAAGCGGAAGAGAUGAGGAUGCAGGUGGAUGAACUCAGGAGAGAAGCAGCAGGCAGGCGUACAGUGAUGGGUGAAGCAGUGAAGCAGCUAGAGAUAGUUGGAAGAGCUGUGGUGAAGGCGAAAACCGCAGAGAGGAGAGCUGUAGAAGACAUGAGAGUACUUACUGAUAAGAAGGAGAGUUUGACUCACGAUGAGCCUGAUAAGAAGAUUAGAAUAUCAUUGAAAGAGUACGAGGAGUUGAGAGGGAAGCAUGAAGAGUCAGAGAGAAUGGUUCAGUACAAGGCCAAAACGGUUGCUGUUCAGCUGGAAGAGAUCAAGGAGAGCAGAGUAGAAGGGGAGAUAAUGCUGGAGGAGAAGAUGAAAGAGAUGGAAGAAGUAGAGGAGGCUAUUGAUUCUGCGUUGAGAAACGCAGAGAUCGCAGAGGAAGCACACUGCAUCGUCGAUGCUGAACUUAGAAAAUGGAAACCACAAGAGUUGUAGCAUAUGCUAUUGAUGUUUAGGUAUUUAGAGAAGUACUAGAAUAUGUCCAUAUAUGUUUUUUUGGAUAAAUUGAUAAUUACUCAGAGUUGUUCAUUAGUGCUAUAACACUGGAACAAAGACUUGAAAGAUAGAUUUUCAAGGGCA